AUGCACCACUCUCGCGGCAAGAGUAGUGUCUCCUCCAUUGGCAGCGACUUUACUUGGAGGUCGCAUAAUCGCCUUCCUACUCCGACCCCGUCUGACACCUCUAGAAAUGUGUCUCCCCGCUCAUCCCAUCGCAGGCUCCACCAUUCACCCAGCAAUGUCUCCAAUAACAGCGCGUAUAUCUCUCACCGUGACUCCACCUCAUCAACCACAGAUGCUCUAGCCAGCACAUCCAGCCAUGAGAUUAGUCUCACAGCUCCGUCUUCGGAUCGGACGAAUGCAUUCUUCAGUGCGUCAUCAACGACAUACAAGCUCCCAACCCCUCCUCACAGGAGUGCUACGCUCCCUCAUCGCGAAUCUGACCGGACAGUAACUCUGUUCAGAUCCGCUUCGGAUUCACGCCCUCCACAAUCGGCUCCACACUCAAGUGGCGAAUUUUUCUUUGCCAGAGUUGCUCGGCCACCAUCCCCGCCCCCAGCACUGCAGCCCACUUCUGCUCCGCCAAAACCCAAACUGCCUCCGCUUUCUCGGUUCUUUCCGUCGCGACAUCGGCGAAAUUCGCACGAUUUUUCUUUGGACGACAAGCCCAUUCUGACCGUAAAUCCUCCUUCGACAACAACGAGCACAAGUUCACACGUUGCCGAUCUUCUUCCUCUCACCGACCAUUCCUUAUCUUGGCCACAAUCUCCUGUCACAAACGGUGACGAUCAGCAGCCGAUUAUUUCGCACGUUCAUACCCCCUACAAGCCCCUGCAUUCAACGUUGCGGUCCAAACCUAUACCGCGAGAAAGUCUACCUCCUGAUGGGAAAGAUGAAUUUCUUUCAGGGACGAUUCUCGAAGUGGAUGACCUGCGAAUAUCGCUCGUUCGCUUGUUGGGAAAAGGUGCAUUUAGUGGCGUUUGGCUGGCUCGUGACGAGUAUGGCGCGCUUACCCAAGCGCAUGACGAUCUCCCGCACGAACGUCGUCCCAGUGAAAUUGGGGCUGCUCGACGUAGAAGAGAUAGGAAUGUAGACGGCCUUCGCCCCACGUCAGCUAUGGAGUCAGUACAACUGUUUUCUCCAGUGGAUACCGGCGAUGCGAGUGCGGAAACCGCAAGCAGUCAUGGGAUACCGCCAGAAGGCUCAUCGUUGUUCCGUGGCUCUGGAGCUACAUCUAGCACCAAUGAAGCGGGGCUGGUGGCUGUCAAGAUGAUGGAAAUGAGGGUGUGUGAUGCGAAUGAUAGAAUGCGUAUAUCGUUUGUCCGGGAGGUUGAGGUUCUUAGACAUAUUUCACAUCCUAAUAUAGUUUCGUAUCUGCAUUCAUUCACUACAGCAACGCAUCACUGCUUGGUUUUAGAAUUCCUUGAAGGGGGCGAGUUAUUUGAACUUCUUAAUGUAGACGACAACUACGCUCGAAUGACUGAGGAGCUGUUGCGGCGCCUAUGGGGGGAGUUGGCUCUUGCAGUAGGAUGGAUGCAUGAAGUGGCGCUCGUCCAUAGGGAUAUCAAGCUUGAGAACAUUCUCCUGACAAUGAAUCCAUUCAUCCUGGACCUUGCAUCGCCUACUGCCGUUGACAUGCUUCCUUCCCCUUUACUGAAAAUUACCGACUUUGGGCUCUCGCGGUUCAUCGAUCCCGCAAGCCCACUUCUUACGACCCGCUGCGGCUCAGAAUACUACGCUGCGCCUGAAAUCAUUCUUGGAAAACCAUACGACGGUCGAAAAACAGAUGCUUGGGCGACAGGGAUCGUCCUCUAUGCACUAGCAACACGAUUCCUCCCCUUCGAUAGGAAUGUGCCGACAAUAUAUCCUGCGCCUACUUCUGGGGAAUAUCAUUGGCCAGGUUUACUCCCAGUGUACGAUCCGACACUUUCUCCUCCCGAAUCUGUGCCCGGGUUGCAUCCUUCAUCCUCGUCAGCCACGUCGAGCAGUGAAACUAGCAGUAGUUAUGCUUCCUCUUACUCGUAUCAUCGCUCUACUACAUCAUGGAUAGGUCGAUCCCGCCCUAUCACCACUCUCUGCUGCAUCACUCGGUCGGUCGAUCCCUCAGUUCACCCUCCUGAGAUUCGGCUUGCCACAGAGGGCGUUCGUCGCGUCGUGGGUAAACUUCUGGUGCGUGAACCCACGAAACGUGCACGCAUCAUCGACUUAUGGGAAGACGAAUGGAUGGCUGGGCCUGGCGCACCGUUCCCGCCUCCUGAGGCACCUCGUGCAUAUCGUCAUCGCAUAAUGGCUAGCCUGGGGGGAACUGUCCCAGGGACGUGUUUGGAGAAAUGUGACGGCGGUGACGAGGAGAUGGUGGAGAGCAUGAGUUUGAGAAGUUUAGGUGAGGCGGCUUCGCUUCGCCGGAAUAAUAGCGUUUCGGGACGAUUGGUUGGAGGGGAUAGUAUCCCGAACGUCGCUCGUCAGGAAGCAUAUUAAGUUGGAUGCAAGAUAGCGAGAAAUGAAAGCAAGUCGGCAGUGUAAUGAUGUGAUGAGUCUGUGAUCCUUUGUUGCUUAGCUCAUAAGUUAUACUGAUGACGACAGUGUAUGACUCCUCCCUACACGUUUACCCUUUUGAUCUUAUAAUUCCUUACCCAAGCAAAAAGCCCAAGGGCAUCCCCUUUCUGACAUCCGGAGAUCGUUCUUACAUUUUUUCUUUCUUUUUUUGAACGAUUUGCGAAAAUCUGUUGUAGCUUAUACCCCACUCCUCAAUUCCUCUCUGGAUUGGUUUCCUUCUUUAAUACACUACUUGCGCAACACCCAAAGCUGAUGUUUCACUUUAUAUACAAGACUUUCUAGAUUGCAAUUCUGUAUUCAUGGAAUAAGAUGAUAUACAACUUUUGACUUAU